ACGAGAGCAUUUACAGCUGAAUGUCAGAAAAGCCUUUCAAGGUGCAACAGUCAUGGUUCCCAUCUUUGGCGCUCUCUUGCCGAUCUUUUUUGGAGGCGUCUUUAUGUACCUCGGUUUAGCAAGAUACUCACAAAAUAUGAAAUAUCAUAAUAUUCAUAUCUCGAAGAAGAGAAGUAUUGUGAUACGAAAACCGCGGCCACAAAACUCAACGGACUCGUUCUUACAAGCCGUUGUGGAAGACCCCAGUGCAAUGUUCGUCUAUCACUCCAAGUGGCAAAAGUAAUCGUUCUUUUUCAAGAAAUGCUUUAAUAGUCGUUCAUGGAACCUUUUUGUUGGUUGCAAUAAAAUUGAAUUGUGUGUG